UCUAAUCAAAGUCUUCUCUCUCUCUCUCUCUCUCUCUCUCUCUCUCUCUCUCAUUUGUUUCUUUAAACAGAGGAAGCUGCUGUUUUUCUUCAGUCUUCACUGUUGGGAGUUGAUUCUUAUAGGGUUGUUUUACUAGUGAGGAAAGAUUUGAUCUUGGUGAGGUGGUGAUGGAGAGAGAUUUCAUGGGGUUGGCUGUGAAGCAGGAGGUUCUUGAUGAACCCAUUGAUGCAGCUCCAGUAAGAAGUUUACCAAUGCAGUGGUCAUUCCCAAACAAGGUUUCUGCUCUUCCUCAGCUCUUAUCUUUUCAGGAAGAAAAGCCUAAGACUGGUUUUGAUUCGCUCGCCUCGACUGGAUUGGUCACGAUAACGACUACAGACUCUGAGCAUAAAUCAUACUCUGAUGUGGUGCAGAAAAACAUUGUUCCUGAAAAUCAAAAUGGAGUUCGAUACACGGUGACAACCUAUCCUAUGAAACACCUGGAUACACGUACUAUUCAUCACCCUGUCACCAGCCCAACAAAUCUAACGGUUUUACCGGCUAUCAACACUGCUGUUCACCAGUCAUUUGUUGCUACUGCUGGACAGAAUCUGAUUUGCUCCGUCCGCACAGAACCUCUUGGUGGAGUUCUAAUGUCAAAUCAUGUCCGAGCUAUACCUUCUAGCAGUCCUGUUGUGGGAACCACUGAUUUAAGGAAUUCUUCCAAGAUCUUAGGAGCUCCUGCUCAGUUGACCAUAUUCUAUAAUGGUUCAGUGUGCGUAUAUGACAAUAUUUCUCCUGACAAGGCUCAGGCUAUCAUGUUAUUGGCUGGAAAUGGGCCUCCCACAACUUCUAGUAUGACAGUCCCUGCAGUUCCAGUUCAAGCAUCCGUGCCUAAGUCUUCUGUUCUUGAUGGUUUUGUUGUAAGUCAGCCUUAUGGUGCAACGGCUCUCCGUUCAAUCCCCACAGCUAUAACUUCUAUUAGUGUUUCUCAAUCUGCCGUCCGGUCUGCUACUAUCAAUGAUACGACUGCUUCAAAACCAGGGGGAAUUCUUGUGUCUUCUAACAAAGUUGAGUCUCUGAAAGUAGCCAAUUCUCAGGCAUCUACUUCUUCACACUUCCUUCCAUCAGGCACUGUGCCUCAGUUCCGCAGAAAGUCUUUGGCUCGGUUUCUGGAGAAGCGCAAGGAGAGGGUAAUCAACGCAAUGCCAUAUGCCAGUAAGCAGAACCCAGAUUGCAGCACUCCUGGAGCAGGCAGCCCAACUGUGUCCAUGAACUCUUCAGGCUCGUGUCCUGUGCCAGCCGUCAAAUGAUGGAAGAGCUAGGUUGCAGUGAAAACAGAUACCGUAUGACUCUUUCUUAUUGCAACUUGCAUACACAUUGUUUUCUUCUCUUGACUGUGAUGUCUUGAUUGUCUCUUAGACAUUGCUGUAGUCCAUUUUUGUUGUAACUGUGAUCUAAGGCGUUUCAGCCAAUCACACUAAGAAGGUAGUAGGCCUAUACAGGUUCCGAAAUUACACUGUAUACAUAUUAAUGUUACUGUAAAACAGUAGUAUUUUACCUAUUUAGCAGUAGAAAGGAUUGACUAUGUAAUCGUUUUGAAGGAAUAUAUGAUCAUGGUACCAAUAUCAA